AUGCAAGGUAUUAUCCGAACCAGAGGUACUGCUUCUUCUGAGCCAUUGUUGAACGAUCCUGAGAUUGAACGCACUGCAAGGAGGAAUAACAGCAACAGGAGGAUAAGGAGGACUAGAGCAAACCCAGUCAACCAACCAACCAAUCAGAUCCCUGAAGUUCUUGUCUCUGACAUUCCUGAGUUCAACAUGGAAGGUGAAGGUGACAAUCAUAACCGGAGGCGCACUAUAGGUGAUGCUUUCACCUACACUAGCCCGAGGGAAUUCUCUAGCAUUGUGAGGCCUACCAGGAAUGACAGACUAGCAGAGAUGAAGCCUGCACUCCUACAACUUAUCAGCUCUCACCAAUUUUCUGGCCUGGACCAUGAGGACCCACAUACUCAUCUCUACACUUUUUAUGAGUUGUGCGGUUCAGUUGGAGUUUCUGGGGCUGAUGAAGAGGCGCUAUUCAUGAGGUUGUUUCCAUUUUCUCUGAAUGGGAAGGCUAAGGCUUGGCUUCAUUCUCAGCCAAACCAAAGCCUAGCCACGUGGAGGGAUGUGGAAACUAAAUUCUUAGCCAGAUUCUUUCCCCCGUCCAAGAACACUGAGGCCAGAACUGCUAUUGCUACUUUUGCUCAAGGUGCGGAUGAGCCACUAUGUGAAGCAUGGGAGAGAUACAAAUCACUGUUGAGGAGGUGCCCCAACCAUGGUUUUGAGGUAGAACAUCAAGUGCAAACCUUCUGCAAUGGUUUGCAACCUCAAACCAAGAUGAUAUUGGAUGCUUCUUUUGGAGGGUCAGUCAUGUUCAGAACUGCUGAAGAGGCUAUCACAAUCAUUGAGUCCAUGGCUUCCACAGACUUUAGGAGCCAGCAUGGUAGAAGCUCUUCACACAAGAGAGGAGUUUUGGAGCUGAGUACUCAAGAUGCGGUGUUAGCUCAAAACAAGAUACUUUCCCAACAAAUUGAAGCCUUGAACCAACAAAUGGCCAAGCUUCCUCAACAAUUUCAAGCUAUGCACGCUAAUAAUCCUCCUAUGCAACAAGUAUUGGCAUGUGAUUUUUGUGGAGGUGACCACCUUAAUGGUUUUUGUGCCGGUUCAUCUAAUUCCCAAGGUGAAGAAGUGAAUUAUAUGGGGAAUCAAGGGCGGCAAAAUUUCUCUCAACACCCCUAUCCGCAAAAUUCAAAUCAGGGGUGGAGAAAUAACUAUGGUGGAAACAAGCCAGACAUGAAUGCUUCAUCAAGUAGCAGGCCUCCACAUCAACACCAACACCCACCUUUAUAUGAAAGAACCACUAAGUUGGAAGACACAUUGCAACAAUUCAUGCAAUUGUCUAUGUCCAAUCAAAAGAAUACUGAUGCUUCAAUUAAAAAUCUGGAGAUACAGGUGGGCCAAAUAGCAAAACAGCUGGCAGAGCAACAAAAAGGUUCUUUCUCAGCCAACACCGAGCAAAACCCGAAAGGGCACUUGAAUGUUGUAUCUACAAGAAGUGGUCGGGAAUUUGUGGUGAAGGAGAAUGAGAAGAAAAAGGAGAGCGAGGAGGUGAAUGAUAUGAGUGUAGAAGAUGAUGCUAGUGUUGAUGAAGAGAUCAUCUUGGAGGGCCCAGGAGCGUUGAGAAGGAGUGGAGGAAGCGAGUUGAUUAACAUUCCGUUCUCCGAGGCAUUAGAGCAAAUGCCUACAUAUGCCAAGUUCAUGAAAGAUCUCCUCACCAAGAAGAGAAAGUAUUUUGAAGAGGAGACUAUCACAUUGGAGGCGGGGUGUAGUGCCAUUAUUCAGAAGAUGUUGCCAACAAAAUCCAAGGACCCUGGUAGUUUCACUCUUCCAGUCACUAUUGGGAGUCUAGCUAUUGGGAAGGCCUUACUUGAUUUGGGGGCUAGCAUCAAUCUUAUGCCCUUAUCUAUGCUUCAGAGGAUUGGUGAUUUGGAAGUGAAGCCAACUCGCAUGACUUUGCAGUUAGCUGAUCGAUCUGUGAAGUAUCCUCAUGGCAUUGUGGAGGAUGUUCUGGUGAAGGUGGACCGUUUCUUGUUUCCCGCUGAUUUCGUGGUGAUGGAUAUUGAAGAGGACAUUGAUUCUGUUGUUUUCUCUUGUAUGCAAGGUACUAUCCGAACCAGAGGUACUGCUUCUUCUGAGCCAUUGUUGAACGAUCCUGAGAUUGAACGCACUGCAAGGAGGAAUAACAGCAACAGGAGGAUAAGGAGGACUAGAGCAAACCCAGUCAACCAACCAACCAAUCAGAUCCCUGAAGUUAAAAAUUCCAAUUUUAGAAAAUAA